AUGCAGGCUUUCAUGGACGCGAUUGGAAUUCGGGAUAAGGCGAUCGGCCACACCACACCCAAGUAUAACUCGAUGAUCAUUUUGGAGCUAAGACAAACCGACGGCGCACCAGUAGUCAUGGCUUUCUACCGCGAUCAAGGCCCAUAUAGAGUUGAUGUGACGUCGUCUAUUCGUGGCUGUCAAUCAUACCGGAGGUGUCCACUUCACAAGGUUCUCAACUGCUGCAGACAGUACGUUACAAGCGAUCCUGUAAAGGAAUGUGAAGCGGGAAAAUGA